AACUGCAUUAAAAAAAGAGGGUUUAUUCACAUCUCCGAAGCUCAUUAUGCUGCUGUGGGAAAUCAAUGAUUACCUGAACUUUGUCUUUUUUUGUCUCAGUGUACCUUGACCCCAGCAACUGUAUAUAAAGGCUCUGUAAAGACCCAUUCUGCUUAGCAAAUUCUGGUUUCAGCAACACCAACGUGACAAAGCAGUCAGGCGAUCCCUCAUUAGCCAUGGAGGAAGAUCCCAACUCAGUGGAAUUAAAGCAGAAAGCCGGCCAUGAAAAUAAUGGUUUUAUUUCCGACCACGAUGGGAAAGAGGAAGGGAAGCCUGAGAAAGUGGAAAUUAGAAGGAACAGCAAAGAAGAGGAUACCCAUAUCUACUCUGUAAGGAUUGAUGAAAUCCCUGAAAACGCACCACCACUGAAGCCUUACGCCGGCAUGCCAAAGGAUGUUCUCCUUCAGUUCUCCAAUCAGCCGUGCUACAGAAUCGCUAGAGAAAUUAUCUUCUGGCUCAUCAUUGUCGCUACCCUAGCAAUCAUCGCCGCCACCAUCGCAAUCAUAGCCAUUUCUCCAAAGUGCCUCGACUGGUGGCAGCGUAGCCCUAUAUAUCAAGUGUACCCAAAGUCAUUCAAAGACAGCAACAAUGAUGGAUCCGGGGACCUCAAAGGAGUACAAGAAAAAAUCGAUCACUUUAUUUAUCUUGAUGUAAAAAACAUAUGGGUUGCGCCUUUCUACAAGUCAUCCCUAAAAGAUUUCAAUUAUGCGGUUGAUGACCACAUGGAGGUUGACCCUACAUUUGGGACCAUGGCAGACUUUGACAGCAUGAUCUCGGCAAUGCACGAUAAAGGCUUAAAACUAAUAAUUGACCUAAUCCCGAAUCACACAAGCAAUAAGCACAAGUGGUUUCAACUGAGUAGGAAUCGUACUGAUAAAUACACGGAUUACUACAUUUGGCAUGACUGUGCGCAAGUUGGUGGUGUAAGGGUACCUCCAAAUAACUGGGUCAGUGUUUAUGGAGAUAGUGCAUGGGAGUAUGAUGUUACCAGAAACCAAUGUUACUUGCAUCAGUUUCGGAAGGAGCAGCCAGAUUUGAAUUUCAACAAUCCAGAUGUACACGAAGAAAUUUUAAAUAUAAUCAAAUUCUGGCUGGGGAAAGGCGUCGAUGGAUUCACCAUAAAUUCUGCCAAAUUUAUUUUAGAAGCCGAACAUUUUAGAGAUGAACCUCAGGUUAACAAACUACAAGACCCAGCCACAAUUUCAAACUAUGCUGAACUUUUCCACGACUAUACAACCACACAGGUUGGGAUGCACGACAUCAUUCGUAACUUCCGCCAAACCAUUAAUAAAUAUAGCAGAGAACCGGGACGGUACAGGUUUAUGGGUACAGAAUCCAACGAUCAGCCGGCUAUUGACAAAACAAUGCUGUAUUAUGGAAACUCCUUCAUUCAGGAAGCCGACUUUCCACUCAACUCCUACCUGUUGGAUCUAAGUAGGACAAACUUAAAUGGCUUGUCUAUAUUUUCCAACGUGGACCUGUGGAUGAAAUCCAUGCCAUCGGGAAAGUGGCCCAGCUGGAUGGUGGGAGGCCCCAGCUACUCUCGCAUUUCAUCUCGUGUUGGGAGACAAUAUAUCAAUGUGAUGAAUAUGCUCCUUCUGACCCUUCCUGGUACCCCUACAACUUACUAUGGUGAGGAACUGGGAAUGGAGGACGGCUCGCCAAAUGUCGACACAGACAAGCCUGAAGAAUACAACCCAGUGGAAUACCCAGAAAAGACCCCCAUGCAGUGGGAUUCCAGUGAAAAUGCUGGCUUCAGUGGUGCUAACAAAACAUGGCUUUCAAUCAAUCCAGACUACGAGGCAGUUAAUGUUGAAGCACAAAAGAACGAACAGUAUUCAACCCUAAAUUUGUAUCGGGAGUUAAACAAUCUUCGAAACAACGAACUGCCCCUUCACAGGGGAUGGUUGUGCUACACGUGGAGCGAUUUGAAUGUUUUCGCAUACGUGAGGGAACUUGAUGGACUCAACAAAGUCUUCAUGAUGGUCCUCAACUUUGGAGGCGCAUCGACCAUAAACAUGAGGCAGGAAGUGCCGGAUCUUCCCGCCGAAGCAAAAAUCCGAUUAAGCACAGACGGUUCUAGGGUGGGGAAAGCAGUAAACACAGGCAGCAUUGAGACAAAGCCUGGGGAAGGACUAAUACUGGAAUACAAGACAAACAAACCAGUACAUGUCAAAGAAGCCUUCAAGGAUAAAUGCUUCAUUUCUCAGAAAGCUUGCUACACCAGCGCCUUCGAUUUGCUUUAUAGCAGCUGCUGAAUUUUUUAGAGAACAUUAUGUCUGCAGAUUUUAAUAGAAAUGGGGGAAAAUGUCAAUUUUUUAUGAUGAAAUAAAACAAUCCACAUUCCCAUUA